AAAAAACGCCUCAGCAGCAGCAGCAGCAGUGGAGCCGUAACGUGUUCGGACAAGCCGGGGGCCCCUCAAGCCGUAUUUAAUUUAUAAUAUUUUCAUUUUUUAGACAUGUUAGCUCCACCCGUGUUGUAAUCGGAAACGCAACGUACUUGUCACAUCGGUGCGGUUUAUUAGAUAAAACAAAGCGGACCCUCAUCACGGUUUAAGCUAGUCCUCGCGUCUCUAACCGUUUUUUUAUUUCUUUUAAAGAGGACACUUUUUGGGGGGCAGAUGUUGCUCUAAAUCCACAGAAACAUCAGAAAGUUCUCAGCUUAAGAUGGAUCUGCGGUUACUUUUAAUAGCAACAUUAUCAGCGGCCCUCAGUAGCAGCUGGGCACAGCAAGAGGGAAGCAUAUGCAUCAAGGCAAACGCACAGUCGUGUGGGGAAUGCAUCCAGGUCUCUGAGACAUGUGGAUGGUGCUCAGAUGAAAAAUUCCUCACUGUAGGCCAGCCUAAAUCGGCCCGCUGCGAUGACGUUGAGUCCCUGAGGAAGAGAAAAUGUGAUGAGAAAAACAUUGAGAACCCACGUGGAAACAUCGACAUCAACACGAAUAAGCCGGUUACCAUUCGCAAUAGUAAUACCGGGAAACUGAAGCCUGAACAAAUCACCCAGAUACAGCCUCAGAAAGUCACCCUGACACUCAGAUCUGGUGAGGCGCAAACUUUUGACCUGAAAUUCAGGCGUGCUGAGGACUACCCCAUUGACCUGUAUUACCUUAUGGACCUCUCCUUCUCCAUGAAAGAUGAUUUGGAAAAUGUCAAGAACCUUGGCACUGACCUCAUGAGAGAAAUGCAGGCAAUCACCUCAGACUUUAGGAUUGGUUUUGGCUCCUUUGUUGAGAAAACGGUCAUGCCUUACAUCAGCACCACACCAGCCAGGCUCAUCAACCCCUGCACAGGGAACCAGAACUGUACCAGCCCCUUCAGCUACAAGAACGUCCUGAAGCUGACGAACAAGGGAGACGAAUUCAAUCGCUUGGUCAGUCAGCAGCAGAUCUCUGGAAACCUGGACUCUCCAGAGGGUGGUUUUGAUGCCAUCAUGCAGGUGGCGGUUUGUGAGGAGCAAAUCGGCUGGAGAAACGUGACUCGUCUGCUUGUGUUUUCCACCGAUGCUGGUUUCCACUUCGCUGGAGACGGCAAACUGGGUGGCAUCGUCCUGCCUAACGAUGGGAAGUGCCAUCUGGAGAACAACAUGUACACCAUGAGCCACUACUAUGACUACCCAUCCAUCGCUCAUCUGGUCCAGAAAUUGAGCGACCACAACAUCCAGACCAUCUUUGCCGUAACUGAGGAAUUCCAGCCAGUUUACAAGGAGUUAAAAAAUCUGAUUCCUAAAUCAGCUGUUGGCACCCUGUCCUCCAACUCAAGCAAUGUGAUCAAACUCAUUAUUGAUGCUUACAAUUCUUUGUCAUCUGAGGUCAUUCUGGAAAACGGUAGACUGCCAGAGGGAGUUUCCAUCACCUACAAGUCCAUCUGCAAGAACGGUGUGGAGGGAACCGGGGAGAAUGGCCGGAAAUGCUCCAACAUCUCCCUCGGAGACGAGGUGACUUUCAAGAUUUCCGUCGAAGCCCAGAAGUGUCCAUCGCAUGACAAGCCUGAGGUCAUCACAAUCAAACCGCUGGGCUUCACUGAGGAGGUGGAGGUGGUUCUGAAAUUCAUCUGCGACUGUGAGUGCGCCGCAUUUGGGGAGAAGAAUAGCAAGGACUGCACCAACGGCCACGGGACCCUCGAGUGUGGAGCCUGCAAGUGUAACGAGGGACGCAUCGGUGGACAGUGUGAGUGCAGCAAAGACGAAGUCCGAACUGAGGACCUGGAUGCCAACUGCCGAAAAGACAACGGCACCGAUAUCUGUAGCAACAACGGCGACUGUGUCUGCGGUACCUGUGAGUGCAAGAAGCGUGAGAAUCCUGCUGAGGUUUACAGUGGACAGUACUGCGAGUGCGACAACUUCAACUGUGACCGCUCCAACAACAAGCUCUGCGGAGGACACGGACAGUGCGUAUGCAGGAAGUGUGUGUGUGAUGCCAACUACACCGGCAGCGCCUGUGACUGUUCCAUGGACAGCUCCACCUGCCUCGCCAAGAACGGGCAGAUCUGUAACGGCCGAGGUAUUUGUGACUGUGGAAUCUGCAAAUGCACCAACCCCAAAUUCCAAGGUCCGACCUGCGAGAUCUGUCCCACCUGCCCCGGUGUCUGCACUGAACACAAAGAUUGUGUGCAGUGCAGAGCGUUCAAGGAGGGCGAGAAGAAGGACACAUGUGAACAGGACUGCAGCUACUUCGAUCUGAUCAAGGUGAAUGAUCGCGACAAGCUGCCUCAGCCCACAGACCAAAGCUUCCCACUGACCCACUGCAAGGAGAGAGACGCCAACGACUGCUGGUUCUACUACACCUACGCCAUCAGGAAUGGAACCAAGGAGGUCUACGUGGUGGAGUCACUGGAGUGCCCGGCGGGACCUGACAUCAUCCCCAUCGUGGCAGGUGUGGUCGCAGGCAUCGUACUGAUCGGCCUCGCUCUGCUCCUCAUCUGGAAACUGCUCAUGAUCAUCCACGACCGCCGAGAGUUCGCCAAGUUUGAGAAGGAGAAGAUGAACGCCAAGUGGGACGCGAGUGAGAACCCGAUCUACAAAAGUGCCGUGACAACCGUCAUCAAUCCAAAGUACGAGGGCAAAUGAUGGAGCUCUGCCUACCUUGUGACAACACUGUAUGGAGAAGAAAGCGGGCUGGGAUGCAGGGAGGGGUGGGUUUUGAUAAUGCUCACUGUUUGUUUUCUCGUUGUUGUUGUUGUUGUAGCCACCAAAUGAUAGCGAUGCAUUUUGCCACUCUCUGUUUGUUUUACUAACUUGUUUUUUACUUCCUAUGCAUCAUCUGAAAUGUGUACAGUCUGUAUAAAUGCGGGGGUUUUGUGUUUGUUGUUUGUGUUUUUUCAACUUAGGAGAAAGUGUUUUGUACUUUUUCCGCAACAGGACUGGUGACGUCAUGGAGAGCCUAGCUGUGCCUUUUUUCUUUUUUUUUUCUUUUUUUUUUUUUUUAAUAGAAGCCAUCAGUGUUUUGUUGAGGGUUGAAUUGGAUGUUGAAAAUUGACAACAAAUGAAGGGUUUCUUUCCAAACUACCACAAGGACAAGUGUUGAGUUGGAGGCGAGCAACGGUCUUAAAAUUGAUCUGCCAUCUGAGCAGAGGUCUUACUGUUUCUGUAAUCAUUUUGACAGAGGUGGUAGCACUCUUUUAAAUGUCUCUUUGGAUUGACCUCUUCAAGCGUAGCGCCAGUUGGACGAUUACGACCGCCGUGAAAUGUGUACAGUACGUUCAGGGUUCUGUGUAAAGCCAUACAUGUAUUCGCAGAACAGGGCUGAAGGCGAUGGUAUGUUUGUUUUUUGAGUGACUUAAUCCAUCUGAACAAUCAUUUGAAAAUGUAUCUUUGUCUAGAAAAUAUAUUUUCUUGGGCUGCCUUUCUAAAUGAAAGGCUGUCGGUGUACAGUAGUGUUACUGUUCGGCUCCGGGUUUUACUUGCUUAAUUUAAAGCCAACUCAGGUCCUUAAUUCUUCUCAUGCCAAAUACACACAAAUCUGCCUUUUUUGCUAACUAAAUUUGCUUUUGUCGAAAUGCCUUGUUUUAUUUGUAUGAUAGGAAUUGGGAAAAGGUCCCAGAUUUCUUUUUCUAUACAUCAGUAAUUCCACCCAACUCUUUUGUGGUGCUCGAUCAAACAGUUUUUAUUGAAAAGCAAUAGAAAUGGGUAUCAUUUCAUUUAGUCUUAAAGCGGUAAAAGAAUGGUGUCUAGAUUUCCAGAGUCCGUGGUUACUGUAAACAAAAGGUUACGCUUGUCACCGUUGUUUCAAGUGCCUUUUUUUAAUUUCCACAACACAAUUGCAAUUUUGUUUUCUGAAAUUAUUUAUUGAAUAAACCUUCAAAAUAAUUUACCCCUA